GUGCGCGGGCGGCGCGGCGCGGCGCGGUGCGGUGCGGGGCGCGCGGCGCAGGAUGGUGCUGCUGGAGAGCGAGCAGUUCCUGACAGAACUUACCAGACUCUUUCAAAAGUGCAGAACUUCGGGGAGUGUUUUCAUAACGCUGAAAAAAUACGAUGGCCGAACAAAACCAGUCCCACGCAAAGGCCACGUAGAAACUUUUGAGCCAGCAGACAAUAAGUGUCUGCUAAGAGCAACUGAUGGAAAGAAGAAAAUUAGCACAGUGGUGAGUUCAAAGGAAGUAAAUAAAUUCCAGAUGGCAUAUUCAAAUUUGCUGAGAGCUAACAUGGAUGGCUUGAAGAAAAAAGACAAAAAAAGCAAAACCAAGAAGAGUAAAGCAACCCAGUGAUGGAAGAAUGUCCUGCUGUCAAUGUAACAGACUUGAUCCUUGCUCAAAGCAAAGUCCAUUUCUUUUUGAGUUACCACUUGUCUUUGGCUUUCCUUCCAGCAGGAUACUGGGAUGUGAUCAGUACUUUUGUUUAAACUGAAAGCAGGGUGCUUUCUGUGGACUGUUGUAUGGCAGAAGUAUUUACAGGUUUAUACUGAAAUAGCUUUUACACUCAGCUACCAACUAAUUUUGUACUUAGACUGCUAUUUGUUUUGUGUUAUACAAGCAGGCAGUGUAAAACCUGUUUGGGGGAAACACAGGGUGAAGGGAAAUGCACUGUACCAGGAGCAAAGAAAGACUGGAGCAGAAGUCUGUGAUAGAUGCCCAGAGUUUUAAAGAUAAGCCUCAGCAGUACUAGGGAAAGCGGGUGCCAACAUAUUGUCAGGAACAGCAGCUUUCCUGUUUCUGUCUUACUUUGAGGGACAUGGCUUAUGAUGCAGUGCAGAUACCCCUAAGGCAGCCAGCACAGUGCCUGAGCUCUUGCAGAGCCAGGCAGUGCCUUUACUCCAUGCUGAUCCAGCUGUGAUGAGCCUGGCUCAGGGUGGGGGGAGGGCAAGACUCUCAUGUUCCCUUCAGACAUGGCUUAAAAAUGCUCAUGUCACCUAAACUAUUUUUUUGUAAAGCUUCAUCUUUCAGUAUAUUCAGAGAUCUGAAUUUCCCCAUACUUCACAUCUUAAAGUAGUUCCUUUGUGUGAGCAGAUGUAAAAGGUGAAUACUUAAUUGUUCCUAUUAAACACAAUGAGAAAUGGA